GAUGUUUUAUUUAAAUUUUUGACGUUUUUGUCAUGUUAUUGGAUAAAUAUUGAUUGUAAACUGCUAUAUUGUUGUAUGACAUACCUACAUGCCCUAAAGAAAUAUAAAAUAUUGUCAAGUUUUUUGUAUUAGUUGUUAAGUGUUACUGGCUGUAACUAACUGUGAGUUUACCUCUUUUUGCCUUGUUAUACGGUGCAGUGUCUUCCCUCCUCUGCUUUCUUCUGUCUCGUUCCCGGCGCUCAUCCCUCUCACGGUCGCGCUCUCGUUCCCGAUCUCUGUCUCGAUAGCGGUCGCGAUCUCUGUCCCGCUCUCUGUCUGGCUUCUCAGAUUGACGCUCAACUCGAUCGUCCCCCACCUCAGCUGAGCAAUUCAAGGCAAAGUUAGGUCAAACCACAAAAACAUACCAAACAGUGUGAUAUAUAUUUUUUUGUCCACCUUUUUGUUUCUUGGCAGCUUUUGUUAUCUGAGCAGAUGGGUCGUUUGGGGACAGCCAGGCCACCAAGUCUGUCUCAACGUUCCAGUAGUAAGGAAGACCACUAGAUUAACAAAAGAUUAAAUAUAUAUAGAUAUAUAUACAGCUCUGGAAAAAAUAACAGACACAAAAAAAAACCUGGAUCUUUUUUGGUAUUUUGACCAUUUUUCAUUUCCUAAAAAUAAAUGCUCUCAACAACACUCGAAUUGGGAAUUUUUUGCCAAGAGUUUAUCCAUCCAUCCAUCCAUUUUCUUUACCGCUUCUCCUCACUAGGGUCGCUGGCUGCUGGAGCCUAUCCCAGCUAUCUUCGGGCAGGAGGCGGGGUACACCCUGAACCGGUCGGCAGUCAAUCGCAGGCCACAUAGAAACAAACAACCAUUCGCACUUACAUUCACACGUAUGGGCAAUUUACAGUCUUCAAUCAACCUACCACGCAUGUUUUUAGGGGUGUGGGAGGAAACCGGAGUGCUCGGAGAAAACCCACCCAGGCACGGGGACAACAUGCAAACUCCACACAGGCGGGGCCAAGAUUUGAACCCCGGUCCCGCCAGAACUGUGAGGCAGAUGUGCUAACCAGUCGUCCAGCUUGCCGGUGUUGUUUAUACAAUAAAACAAAAAUUUUAAUUUUACUUAAAAAAAUAAAUCAUGGGAACUGACCAUUUUGCAGUAGUCUCUUAUUUUUUCCAGAGCAGUAUAAUCACAAAAGCUGCAAUUUAUUAUUCUUUGCUGUUACAAUGACUAAAAAUAUGACUGCAGGAGCCCAGUGACAGCACAUCUUUUUUUAUUGUCCAUCCAAUUAUUAAUGGUAAAUUGCUCCAAUUAUCAACAUUUGCAUUUCUUUAGAGGAAUUGUUAUAGCCAAAAAUAUUGUUUUAUGAAAAGCAUGAUUAAAUGUCAACAUUGUAGCCAUAUUGCAGAUAUCAACCUUACGUACCAAGCAGGGUCAAAGACUUUAUACCAGUUUGGCGGCAGAUUUUCAACCCUUGUGGCUUCAUAAUCAACAUUGUUGUCGUCGUAAUCUUCAGCUAUAAUCUCCUCAUCUGCCCCUGGAGGAACAAAAUGGCAUAUGGCACAGGAAUUAAAUACAUUGAAAUAGGGCUGGGGUAUUUUGUCCAAUGUGUUUACUAUCCCGCCAACCUUGUCCUGUCGGUUUUACAAUCCCUCUCUUGGCCAAGCGGGCCAGCAGUGCCGCAGGAAGAGGCAUCCUGCAAUAUGGAGGACAAAGCACUUUAACAAACUAACUUUUAGUUUCAAUUAUUUGAUUGUGUUAAAACUAUUACAAUGAAAUGGUAUCAUGAUCUAAAAACCCUCAAUGGUGCAAUUAAUUUGCAUGUGUCUGGCAAAAUGGAAAAUUUUUAUUCUGCAUCUGGUAUUUAGAUAUUUGCAUAGAGUACACUUAAAUAACUCAAACAACUAUCAAAUAUGUACACUAGUAAAGACUCUAAAGGGCUAGCAACACACCACAAACAUUUUAUCACCUAUUUAUUGAAGGCUAAAUCAAAUUGAUCAUAUAGUUAGAGGAACAUUAUUGCACUUGGCUCGCUUAUAUAAGGGACUGUGAGAAUUCCAUCUAUAUUGGGGAAGAAUGUGUGUGUGCCGGGGUUAUGUAUGUUUAAGUGUUUUCUGUUGUAGAUGUAUUUUUUAGGUAUGUGGACAUUAUGCAUAUUAUGUAUUUCGGACUGCACUUGAUAAUUCAUCUUGGGGAAAAAUGAAGGGGUAGAAUUUUCACUUUUUCCUAUAACACCAGCAGUACACGGUCUUCCAGUAUGACGUUGUUGUUUUUUUUGUACCGCAUGUUCGACAUAAAAAGUUCAGUCAAUACUGAUGUGAAAAAUGAAGGUAACAGUCGCUCCACAUUCGAAUGCAAGUGACGAGUUUAGCAGUGUAGCAGUGCAACAACAUGGUGGUAAAACUCAACAAAGGCGCCGAACUGAUCAAGAAGGAAAAUAAAAAAAGCUCUGCUGAAACUCGAAAGACACAAUAAACAAUCGUUAAAGCAUAAACUGAAGUAGAAAAUUAAAGGCAGACUUAAACUAAGCAUUAUUUACCUGCUUUGAGACAAUCGCCAGCAGAAUUGACGAAACCACUUCCACUGGCGCACGUUGAUGACGCGUGGUAUUACCUACAACCUUGUACUAAUUGUUUAUCAAGGAACAAUUUACACGAUAUUGUUAUUAAACAGUUAUUGACAAUGCAACAGAACUGAUCAUAUUAAGAAACGUCAGAGUAAUUUUACAAUGUUGUUCAAACCCUUACAUACUGUUCGGAUCAAAUUUGACCAGAUUUGAAAUUUUACAGCUAUAAAAAUACCAUAAGUGUCGUGAAAUUUGUUGAUUCCCCCCCCUAAGGUGACGCAAAUUACACGAAAAUGAAAAUUAAAUAAAAAAAUUCGCUGGCAGUCAUUUUGGGAAUGGAGUUCUUUGUCGCCUGAAAAUUACGUCAUUACGACCAGCGUUUUUGUCGUCGACCCCCUGUAGUUCUGCAGAGACAAUGGUUCUAUAUGGAAUAUACAUCUCUAUGGAAAAUGGACAGUAUGUAAGGGUUGCACUCCAAACCACUAGAUGGUACAUCGUCUUAAAAUAAAAAUAGGAAGCAGAGGAAGACAUUUCAACGACGACCAUAAGGACAUGACGUCACACAGUUAUCCACCACAACAAACAUGGAGGAGUAUGCUCGUGAACCUUGCCCUUGGAGGAUAGUGGAUGACUGCGGAGGUGCUUUCACCAUGGGUGCCAUUGGCGGAGGUGUGUUUCAGGCCAUCAAGGGCUUUCGAAAUGCCCCGGCGGGAGCUGCGCACCGACUGAAAGGGAGUGGAAACGCAGUGAAGUUAAGAGCGCCACAGAUUGGAGGUAGCUUUGCGGUAUGGGGAGGCCUCUUCUCCACCAUCGACUGCGGUUUAGUUCGCCUGAGAGGAAAAGAGGAUCCUUGGAACUCUAUAACAAGCGGUGCUCUGACAGGGGCCAUACUGGCUGCACGCAGUGGGCCAUUAACCAUGAUGGGCUCCGCCAUGAUGGGGGGAGUUCUGCUCGCUCUAAUUGAAGGUUUCGGAAUCCUCCUAACAAGAUACACAGCGCAGCAGUUUCAGAACCAAAUUCCCUUCACAGAGGAUCCCAGUCAGUUGCCUCCAAAGCCUGAAAACCAUGAGACGGCACCACAGAGUCACUUUCAGUAGAGCCGCAGAGGACGGCUGUCGGCACACUUGUCACUCUGUUCAUUCAGCCUGGCGCCACAUGAACUUUGCAGCAGGUACCACGAUGAUGAAGAGAUCGAGAGAGUGGCUCCUGCUGGCGUGAAAAUCGAUUGACCUCCCGAUGAAAAUGACCGUGAAUUGUCAUUAGGCAAGAUGGAAAUAUUUUGGGGUGAAUAGAGAUGGUAGAUAUUUACGCAAAUACUGUACGUAGUGUUAACUUUUCUCCCUCAGGUAGAAAUAAUUGUGAAUUGUAGUUCGAGAAGGAUGCAAAUAUUUUUGGGUGAAUACAGAUGAUAUAUAUUUACACAAAUAUGCACUUUUGACAUUUAAUAAAUACAAUGUAUCAGGUCAUUCAACGAUAUCGGUGCAUCCGCUGAAAGCCUUCUCGACAUGGUGGAAAAUAUUCCUGUCAAAGGAAGUCAGUGUCACAUUAAGAAACUUGACAAAAAGGUCUUUUUGUAAAGUUUGACUUAUUUCUAAAGGUUUGUAAGUAUUAUUGAUAGCAUUGAACUUGUUAACAAUAGAUAAGAAAUCUAGUGAGCUUGUGUACUGGACGUCUUGUCAUUGUACUUACAUCAGUUUUGUCCAUCUGUAUACAAUACGCAGUGUUUCCCAACCUUAAUUUAGUGACAAGUAAAAUCCUUGAAGACCCCUGAAAAUGUAUCCACAAAGGGAUGCCAUUCCUAUGAGCACCAAUGAUUGACAUGAACUUAAAAUGCUGUUUUUAAAUUAUUUCAUUUGUUAAGGGGAAAAAAAAACUAUCCAAGCCCUGUGUGGAAAAGUAAUUAGUCCCCUGGUUAAAACGUGAAUUCACUGUGGCUAAUCACAACUUUUUGCCUGGUUACCUCCAGACCUGUUCAAUCAAGAAGUUACUUCAACAGAACCUGUCUGACAAAAUCAAAUCAGACAAAAGAUGUAAAAAAGCUGCCACAAAUGACACGGUCCAAACAAAUUCAAGAACAUUCAAGAAAUAAAGUAAUUGGCAUCUAUCAGUCUGGAAAAGGUUACAAAAGCCAUUUCUAAAGCUUUAGGAUUCCAGCGAAGCAUAGGGAGAAAGCCGUUAACCUCAAAUGGAGAAAUUAUGGAACAGUGGUGAACCUUCCCAGAAGUGGCCGGCCUCCAAAGAUUACCCCCAAGAGAAAAGCAAUGACUUAUCCAGGAGGCCACAAAGGAACUCAGGACAACUUCUGAAGAGCUGCAGGCCUCCCUUACCUCAGUUAAGCUCAGUGUUCAUGACACCACAGUAAGGAAGAGACUGGGCAAAAAUGGCAUCCAUGGCAGAGUUCCAAGGAGAAAACCACUGCUGACCAAAAAAAGAACAUUAAGGUUUGUCUUCCUUUUGCAAAAAAUCAACAUCUGAAUGAUUCCCAACCAGUUAUUACUUUUAGGGGGCCAUUACUUUUUCCACAUGGGGCCAGGUAACUUUGAGUAGGCUUUUUUUCCCCCUUGAUAAAUGAAAUCAUUUAAAAACAACCUUUAAGUUUACCUGGGUUAUAUUUGUCUGAUAUUUACAUUUGUUUGAUUAUCUUCAACAUUAACAUGGGGAAACUAUGCAAAAUGUAGGAAUUUUAGAAUAGGGCCAAUACUUUUUCACAGCGCUGUACAUGUAACGAUGCCAAUAGAAAACACACUGGGAAUCACUGCACUACACUGUCCAUUGUGCUGCUGAAUACGAUUGUGUUCUCCGAACAUCCAAUCUCAAUUUAUAGCAAUGUGAUAUUGUUUUCCUGUAUUGAAUGUCUAUUUUCUUAAGCUAUUUAUUCAAGUCGCUAAAAUUAAUAAAUACAUUAAAUGUUGUUUAAUCAGAAGAUUGUGC